AUGCGGUGCGGGGCCGGGGCCGCAGCCCUGGCUCUCCUCUGGUCUCAGCUCCUGCUCCUCCCGGACGUGGGAGCGCGGCGCGAGAACAAGAGGCCGCGGCAGCCCUCCAACGCCACUGCCCUCCACAGCCAGGGGCGGCGGGGCGCCCCCCAGCCACCAGAGACCUCAGGACCUGAGCUCUCAGAUGCCCACAUGACAUGGCUAAAAUUUGUCCGGAGGCCAGACGAUGGGGCCUCUAGAAAACGGUGUGGAGGCCGGGACAAGAGGCUGCGAGGCCUCUCAGGGCCCCCGGGGCCCCCGGGGCCGCCCGGUCCCCCUGGUCCCCCCGGCGCUGAAGUCACCCCGGAGGCCUUACUACAGGAAUUCCAGGAAAUGCUGAAAGAGGCCGCAGAACAUCGGUUCUCAGGGCUGACGGACACCGUGCUGCGCCAGGGGCCCAGCCCGCGGCUAGUGGCUGAGGCCUUCCAUUGCUGGCUGAAGGGUCCCACGCUGGUGGACAAGAAGACGCUGGUGGAGCUGAAGGGGUUCGAGGCUCCCGCCGCCCAGGGGGCCUUCCUGCGAGGGUCUGGCCUGAGCCUGGCCUCCGGCAGAUUCACAGCCCCGGUCUCUGCCAUCUUCCAGUUUUCUGCCAGCCUGCAAGUGGAUCACAGUGAACUUCGGGGCAGGGGCCGGCUGCGGGCCCGGGACGCUGUGCGUGUCCUCAUCUGUAUCCAGUCCUUGUGCCACCGCCACGCGUCCCUGGAGGCUGUCUCGGGCCUGGAGAGUAACAGCAGGGUCUUCACUGCACAGGUUCAGGGGCUACUACAGCUGCAGGCUGGACAGUACACCUCUGUGUUUGUGGACAACGGCUCCGGGGCCGUCCUCACCAUCCAGAGUGGCUCCAGCUUCUCGGGGCUGCUCCUGGGCGCAUGAGCGAGGAGACGCCACGUUGCCCCAGAGAGGAGGUGACUGGGACCCCUGGGUGAUAGCUGUCAUUACUGCA